UUCAAGCUUCAUCGAUUGCCUACACCACGACCUGGACAAGUUUUAGGCUUGGUCGGUUCGAACGGUAUUGGAAAGAGUACAGCGUUGAAGAUAUUGAGUGGAAAAUUAAAGCCAAACUUGGGUAGAUACGACAACCCCCCUGAUUGGCAAGAUGUGAUUAAGUAUUUCCGAGGUUCUGAACUGCAGAACUACUUUACCAAAAUUCUUGAAGAUGAUCUCAAGGCGAUUGUUAAGCCUCAAUAUGUUGACCGCAUUCCCAAGGCGAUCAAAGGCCCCGACAAGACUGUUCGAUCCUUGAUCGAGGCAAAUGCGUCAAUGGAGAAUCUUACAGAAGUCCUUGAUGUUCUGGAACUAAAUCACAUCAUGGAUCGAGACGUGAACCUUCUUUCUGGAGGUGAACUUCAAAGAUUUGCCAUAGGUACCGUUUGCGUCCAGCAAGCUGAUGUGUACAUGUUUGAUGAACCUUCCUCCUACCUUGAUGUCAAGCAACGUUUGAGCGCUGCGAAGAUAAUCCGAUCCCUCCUUCGAGCCGACGACUAUGUCAUCUGUGUUGAGCACGAUCUGUCUGUUCUGGACUAUCUUUCGGACUUUAUCUGCGUCCUUUACGGCAAACCUGCCGUCUAUGGUGUCGUCACUCUGCCAGCUUCUGUUCGGGAAGGUAUCAACAUCUUCCUUGAUGGCAAUAUCCCAACCGAAAAUCUUCGUUUCCGGGAGGAGUCUUUGACAUUCCGCAUUGCUGAAGCUGCUGACGAGUUCAUGGCUGAUCGAACCCGUGCCUUUGAUUAUCCAAAAAUGGAAAAGACCUUGGGUGGCUUCCAUCUCCGCAUUGACGCUGGUGAUUUCACUGACUCUGAAAUCAUUGUCAUGAUGGGCGAGAACGGUACUGGCAAGACGACUUUCUGCAAGUUGCUCGCUGGUGCUUUGAACCCAGACGGCAAUCAGAAAGUCCCCGGUAUGAAGGUCAGCAUGAAGCCUCAGAAGAUCACCCCAAAAUUCGAAGGUACCGUUCGUCAGCUCUUUUUCAAGAAGAUCAAGACUGCUUUCCUCCUCCCGCAAUUCCAGACCGACGUCGUUAAGCCAUUGAAGCUGGACGAGUUCAUCGAUCAGGAAGUGAAGACCCUCUCUGGUGGUGAGCUGCAGCGUGUGGCUAUCGUUCUUGCCCUUGGUCUUCCUGCCGACAUCUACCUCAUCGAUGAGCCGUCCGCUUAUCUUGACUCUGAGCAGCGUAUUAUCGCUGCCCGGGUCAUCAAGCGAUUCAUCAUGCACUCAAAGAAGACCGCCUUUGUCGUGGAGCACGAUUUCAUCAUGGCAACGUACUUGGCAGACCGUGUCAUUGUCUUCGAUGGUGAACCUGGCAUUGAUGCGCGAGCCAAUGCCCCCGAAUCAUUGCUCACAGGCUGCAACAAAUUCUUGAAGAACCUCGAUGUUACCUUCCGUCGGGAUCCCACCAACUUCAGACCACGGAUUAAUAAGCUCAAUUCUCAACUGGACCAAGAGCAGAAAUUGAGUGGCAAUUUCUUCUUCUUGGAAGAUGAAAAUAGCACGAGUAGUUAA